CAAACGGUAUAUAAAUAGGAGAUCCCGGGUUAACAUACAUUGUAUUAUACGUUCAGCAAGCCAACAUGAAGUGUUUGGGAGUUUUGGUUGCACUUUGUGCCUUUGCGGCAGUACAGGUUUUUGCUCAGGAUAUUCCGAUCAGCAAACCUAGCAAAAGAACCGUUGUGGCGCAGGAUCCUCCGAAAACGCUGUUUGAUGAUAGUUUUUCUUGCGAUCCUGACAAUCGUAUCACUUGUGGAAGUUGCAACAGCGUCAUGAUUUGCAACUUCGACGGAAAGAAAGUAGGCGGGUAUGAUUGCUCAUCAAUCGAUCCUUCUCGUCCGUUUUGCAUUGGCAAUGGCAUAUGCUCCAGCAGUGCGGGUGAGGGCUGUAACAUAAAAAGUGACCUUUGUCCAACCACCGAUAAAUUUUACCCAGUUCCAUCAAACUGUAGUGAACUAGUGUACUGUGGGCCCGAUCAGAGUGCAACCAAGGUAGCGAGCCCAACUACGACCGCUAUUUUCAAUUUCGCCAAACAGUCAUGGACAGUGCGCGUUGCUCCUACAGACUGUUUCCAAGUCGACUGUAAGGCCGCUGGUCAGCUAGACAAAUGGUAUGCUUACAAGCCAAGUCCAACCCUCAGUAUUUACUGCAGUGCCGAAGGACCGUUGACAUUCCAGUGCGAAAAUGAAAAGGAUGCAUUCAAUGAAUCGACGAAAAAGUGCGAGUUCGCUUGCUCUGAGGAGGGCAACUUUCCGUAUCCGGGAGAUAAAGAACGAUACUAUAUUUGUCUUCCCGAUCAAAAAGGAGGUUUUCAAAAAAUUGAGAAUUCAUGUCUCCCUACACUCGAAUACGAUGCUUCAUUAAAAAGAUGUGUCAAGCGUCCCCCGACUAUCUGAUGAAUGUAUCGUUCAUUUAUCCAUAUAUCCAGAAAUGCAUGUUGAAUAAAAUUAGAAAUAUAUUUUAUGGUU